UUUUCCUCGUAGCCUGGGCGGAGCCACGCCCCUCGUCGCGCUAUUGGUGAGAUUCCUUCCGGUGGGCGGGACUAGCGUCUCGCCCCGCCCCCGCCCUGCCGUAUAAACGCGGCGCCGACGUGCGGCGCGGGGAUUGUCCGGGCCGCUCGGCGAGUGCGCCUGCGCGCGCAGCGAGUGUCUGCGUCCCGAGGCUGCCGAGUCGCGGGUUCGAGGCCAGGGUGUGCGCGUUGUGGGUUCGCAGCCCCUGCACGAUGCUGUUCGACAAGGUGAAAGCGUUCGCGGUGCAGCUGGACGGCGCGACCGCGGACGCCGAGCCGGUGUUCAGCGGCGGCCAGGCCGUGGUAGGCCGCGUGCUGCUGGAGCUGGCGGGCGCGGCACGCGUGGGGGCCCUGAGGCUGCGCGCGCGGGGCCGCGCCCACGUGCACUGGACCGAGUCGCGUAGCGCGGGCUCGAGCACCGCGUACACGCAGAGCUACAGCGAGCGCGUGGAGGUCGUGAGCCACCGCGCCACGCUGCUCGCGCCAGACACCGGCGAGAUCACGACGCUGCCUCCUGGGCGCCAUGAGUUCCCGUUCAGCUUCCAGCUGCCCCCGACCCUGGUGACCUCGUUCGAAGGCAAACAUGGCAGUGUCCGCUACUGUAUCAAGGCCACCCUACACCGGCCAUGGGUCCCAGCACGCCGGGCGAGGAAGGUGUUCACUGUCAUCGAGCCCGUGGACAUCAACACACCUGCCCUGCUGGCACCUCAAGCUGGGGCUCGGGAAAAGGUCGCCCGGUCUUGGUACUAUAACCGUGGCCUUGUCUCCCUCUCGGCCAAGAUCGACCGCAAAGGCUACACACCAGGAGAGGUGAUCCCCAUCUUUGCUGAGAUCGACAACGGCUCCACGCGACCCGUGCUGCCGCGGGCGGCCGUGGUCCAGACGCAAACCUUCAUGGCUCGAGGCGGCCGGAAGCAGAAACGGGCUGUGGUGGCCAGCCUCGCUGGCGAGCCAGUGGGCCCCGGGCGGCGGGCACUGUGGCAGGGCCGGGCGCUGCGGAUCCCCCCCGUGGGGCCUUCCAUCCUGCACUGCCGCGUGCUGCAUGUCGCGUACACGCUCAAGGUCUGCGUGGAUAUCCCGGGCACGUCCAAGCUGCUCCUGGAGCUGCCACUGGUCAUUGGCACCAUCCCCCUGCACCCUUUCGGCAGCCGGUCAUCCAGCGUGGGCAGCCGUGCCAGCUUCCUGCUGGACUGGGGGCUGGGGGCCCUGCCGGAGCGGCCUGAAGCCCCUCCCGAGUACUCGGAGGUGGUAGCAGAGGAGGACAUGGCACCCUCAGGGCAGGGCCUCUUCCCGCUACUGGAGGACCCCGACAUGAGCCUCGAUGGCCCUUUCUUUGCCUACAUCCAGGAGUUCCGCUACCGCCCGCCGCCCCUGUACUCUGAGGAGGAUCCAAACCCGCCCUCGGAGGCCAUGAGGCCACGCUGCAUGACCUGCUGAACGGCGACACGCACCUCGGGGCACGAGGUUGCCGUUGGCCAUCGUGAUCGUGGGGAGCAGCAGGACUAAGGGCCGACCAGCCUGAUGGCGCUGAAGUUGGGGAAACCGAGUCUCGCAGCGGAGCAAGGCUGCUCCGACAUCAAGGACAGAGGUGCCAGGCCAGAAUCUGAUUUCUCUGGACUGUCUGUCCUCGUGAGGCAGCUGCCCAGCCUGUGGGCAGUGCUGGGGUCCCCUGGGAGGCUUCAGUCUGGAAGGAACAGAGCCAGAUAUAGAUACCUCCAGUCUCAUAGAACCAGAACAAGAGACCUGAGGCUGGGAGAGUCCAGAGGGGAAGCACAGAAGGCUUCCUGGAGGAAGGAGCAUUUCAGCUGAGGCUUUGUCUUAUGAAUAGGAGCUCAGCAGGCAGCCAAGCGAAGAGGAAAAGUUGGAGAAGGUCAGAGCUGAGUAAUGGUUGGAACCCACCCCGUUCACCUUAGAACUGGGGGCUCGGAGGGCAGGCGCCUCAGUCGAGGCCACGCGGUGCAGUCCAGUGGGCGAGAGGGCCCAGGAACGAGGCAUUCAGGAAAGCAGGUCAUUGGAGCCAUGUGGGCCAGCCCAGGGGUGGCAGGGGCAGCGGCUUCGGCCUUCGCAGACUUUGAAAGCCAGAGAUUCCAGGCCCAGGCUGGCACUGCCUGGGGGCUCCUCCAAGCGCUCCGGGGCAUACGAGCUGCCUGGGUGUUGUAUGGCCCAGGGAACCCAGGCUCAGGGCAGGACAGGCAAGACCAGACACAACUUGCACAACGAAAACCUCCCUGUUCAAGGAUUAAGACGCGCAAGACAGUGACAGCAGAGCAUUACACUGGGCCCUGGGGAAAGAGGUCCGCCUGGGGUGACAUAGGGGACCAGAGUGCUUCUGGAAGUCCCCUGUGUCCUGGAGAAAAGCAUUAGGGGGCUGCUGGACAAGCCCCUAACUGCAGAGUCCUAGCUGUGGCUGGGGCAGGACCCCUGCCUGGGACUCAGCAUUUCUGAUAU